AUGAGGCAGGAGUCAGACGAAUUAAGACAAUCAUUCGAUGACCGAGCGGGUAGAAGAAAAAACGUCAAAGUUUACGACUGCGUUGGCCGCGACACGAGACCGGUGCAUUCGCGCCGAUGCGGCCGCGUCAAAAACCGUCUAGCGAGACUAUUUCCUAGAGGGGAGCGGCGGGCGCGAGACGCUGAAGCGGCGAAAAAAACGCCAAGAACGUGGCGAGAUCAACGGCUUGCGGACUCGGACGCUAUAUUAGCACUUGGGGCACCGGCGACCUCGCUAGGUCGCUGGCAUAUGAUGUCACGAGAGCGCGGGGAACAUUCCGCCCGUAGACUCCGCGGGCGGAACUUCGGCCGCGUCGUCGGCUCGCUAAGUGGCGUUUCGCACGUCGCACGCCGCUACCGCGAGCGUCUGCUCGUCGGCUACGGCGAAUUGGCUCACGAUAUCUCGCUCGUCUGCCUAGCGAGGGUGGGCGACCUCGAUAACGAAAGCAGAGAAGAAAUUUGGACAGGACGGUCCCCCGUC